AUGGUUGAAGUUUACUACCACGACAAUAAUGACGAAGUUGAUUUCAGAGAGGCGCACCACUCCGGAGAGACUGUUUCUUUGGAAGAGUUGGCCAGCACUGGCGUGCUCUACUACCACUUUGACACAGAAGAGGAGGUUGACCGAUUAGCAGUUGAACGCUCGUACAAAAACAGAGACACAAUCCGCUUAAACAGAGCGACGUUUGGUGACAGCGAGGAAGCGUUGGUGGAGAAGUUGAACGGAUUCUACAAGGAACACUUGCACGAGGACGAGGAGAUCAGAUAUAUUUUAGGCGGCUCCGGCUUCUUUGACGUCAGAAACAAGGCAGAUAAGUGGAUCAGAUGCAAGUUGGCCAAGGGCGACUUGUUGAUUUUGCCGUCGGGGAUCUAUCACCGUUUCACACUCGAUGCUGAGAAUGACAUCCACGCGUUGAGGUUGUUCAAGGAUGAGCCGAAGUGGAUCGCAUUGACGAGAUCAGAGGAGCUUGCCACGAACGAGUACAGGAAAGAGUACCUUCAGUCAAUUGGGGUUUAG